AUGCUUCUACAGAGCCUAUGGGACUUCAUAUUGGGUUAUCAUGCGUGGCUCAGAUCGCCUUUCUUCCCUGUACUUUUCUCACUCAGCGUCUACCUCGCCUUCUGCCUGCCCUUCGUGGUGCUGGACCUCCUCUCCCCCAGGCUGGCCUGGAUCAGGACCUUUAAGAUCCAGCAGAAAAGCCACGUCUCCUGGACUAUGAUGUGGAGCUGCCUGGCUCACUCCCUCUACAACCAUGUGGUGUUCCUCUUCCCUCUCACGGUGCUGCACUGGUACUGGAGACCAGCCAGCUUCAUAGCCGAGGCCCCCGGGACGUUGCGUCUCAUCUGGGACGUGGUCGCCUGCCUCCUGCUCUUCGACUUUCAGUCCUUCAUCUGGCAUCUGCUGCACCACAAGGUGCCCUGGCUGUACCGGACAUUCCACAAGGUGCACCACAAGCACACGACAACCUUCGCCCUGACCACUGAGUACUCUGGGGCCUGGGAGACCCUGUCUCUGGGUUUCUUCGCAUCGGUCAACCCUCUACUGCUGGGCUGCCACCCCCUAACGGAGAUGCUCUUCUAUGUACUGAAUAUCUGGCUUUCUGUGGAGGACCACUGUGGCUAUGACCUGCCCUUGUCCACGCAUAGACUGGUGCCCUUUGGGCUCUACGGUGGAGCUCCUCACCAUGACAUGCACCACCUGAAGUUCAAAUCCAACUACGCUCCGUACUUCACACACUGGGACAGGCUUUUUGGGACCUUGCACAAGAGCUCGGACUGA